CCUACACAAAUCCGUCAACGUACUCAAAGAAAGAGAAGCGGCAUCAGAGAGAGGGAGAGAGAGAGACAUGGAAGACGAACACAGAGGGCAAAACCCAGAGUCAGACCAAAACAAAAACAAGAAGAAGACAGUGAUAAAAAUACCUUCUUUUCAAGAAGUUCUUGAGAGUUCACAGUCAAAAUCAACCUCACUGUCUCUGUUCACUCCUUCACAGAGCUUUUCUCAAGCCUUUGCCUUCGUCAAGUCCUCUGAGUUCUACUCGCCUCCUCCUCCCCCUGCCACCUCCUCGCAACCCCUACAGGCCUCAGACACCGGUAAUUCAAGCAAAACUGGUCAAUCUGAUGUUCCAUCAUCAUCUGCUCCUACGAAUGCUGUUGCAUCAUCAUCAUCACCUGCUCAGCGUCGCAAUGCAAUUAUUGUGAGCCACAGACAGAAGGGAAAUCCCUUGCUCAAACAUAUUAGAAAUGUGAGGUGGGAGUUUGCAGAUAUUGUUUGUGACUACUUACUUGGACAAAGCUCAUGUGCUCUCUAUCUAAGUCUUCGGUAUCAUCUGCUGCAUCCAGAUUACCUAUAUUACCGUAUAAGAGAAUUGCAAAAGAAUUUCAAGCUUCGUGUUGUUCUUUGCCAUAUUGAUGUGGAGGAUGUAGUUAAGCCUUUACUUGAAGUUACUAAAACUGCUCUGCUUCAUGAAUGCACCCUAUUAUGCGGUUGGAGCUUGGAGGAAUGUGGUCGCUACUUGGAGACCAUAAAAGUUUAUGAAAACAAGCCUGCUGACAUUAUUCAAGGUCAAAUGGAUACAGACUAUUUAUCACGGCUAAAUCACGCGUUAACGACAGUUCGACAUGUUAACAAGACUGAUGUUGUCACCCUUGGUACUACGUUUGGGUCUCUUUCUCAUAUCAUGGAUGUUUCGAUGGAAGAUCUAGCUCGUUGCCCUGGGAUUGGAGAGCGCAAGGUAAAACGUUUGUAUGAUACAUUUCACGAACCAUUUAAGCGUGUGGUUGCCAGCCGCCCUGCUGUUCCAGAAACCUCUGCCCCAAGCAAUGCUGAACCUGGUUCAGUGGAUGAAGAAGAUAAAGAAGCGGAGGAAACAGAAGACGAAAGCAAACGCAGGAAGAAAGAACCAGAAUUGACUGUUAAGUCAGCCUUGUCUGUUGCCUUUUCCAAAUAUGCUGAUAAAGUUAAUAAAAAGAACAGCAAGACACAAAGAGAGGAAAAAGGAGAAACAAGUGCUGCCAUGGAAGCUGAAACUGAAAAGAGAUGAGAUCGAAGUGAUCAGUAACUUGUCCCAUUCUAUGCCAUUGGUAAGAAGAUGGCCAGCUUCAUAGACUAGUGCAUUAACAAGUUUAGUUGCUGUAGCUCUCUAUUUGUGGGUUACAGUUCUGUUUUUGAGACCAUAAAAGAUCACGGUUAAGAAACUAUUACACAGACGCCCUUCUUGUGUAUCCAUCUUUGAAGUUAAGUGGUCUCUUCUCUUUUGUAACUUGGGUUUAGCUGUGUCAAAUCUUUUAUUUGUAUUUCUUGUGAAAUGAUCUUUUGGGUUAUGGGUAAGCCAAAUGCCAUGGGUAAUGAACUAUGGUUGCUUCAAUCGUACUAAUUUAAUCAUAUCAAGUUUAUGUUUU